UACUGGUGGUUUACUAUGUUCAGGUUCAUUGUUGGUUUUACUAACAUUGGAACCUAUCUUGCAGCAUUCACUAUCGCAACUGAGCUUGUAGGGCCUUCAAAGCGCACGUUUGUGGGAAUGGUGAUAAAUUUCUACACGUCAGCUGGUCUCAUCAUUUACGGUCUUCUUGCAUAUCUCAUCAGAGACUGGAGAUAUUUACAACUUGCAAUAACACUACCAAAUAUGUUUUUCUUCUUUAUAAUCCCUAUUGUUCCCGAGUCUGUCCGAUGGUUGAUGUCACAGAAAAAAUUUGAUGAAGCAGAAGACCUUAUCAAGGAAUGCGCCAGGGUCAAUAAGGCGGAAACUCUUCCAGAAAAAUUGUUUGAAGAAGAAAUGAUGGUAGACCCAAGCAAGGGGACCACAUACACCGUGGCGGACCUAUUCAAAACUCCGAAUUUGAGGAAGAAAACAAUAAAUAUACUUUAUAACUGGAUGGUGAAUAGUCUUGUGUAUUAUGGACUCUCGUUGAGCACAGCUAGUCUUGGGGGUAGAGAUUACCUUGCAUUUAUUCUUUCUGGUGUUGUUGAAAUACCUGCAUUCAUAGUAGCUAUACCUGCAAUAGAUAAGUUCGGUCGCCGCCCUGUACUUUGUCUAUUUAUGGUAAUGGGUGGCAUUGCCUGUUUUGCAACAGUUUGGAUCCCUCUUGGUUGGGGUAGGACGUUUGUGGCGUUGAUCGGUAAAUUUGGCAUUGCUGGCUCGUUUGGCAUUAUCUAUGUGUUUUCUGCAGAACUUUAUCCAACUCCAGUACGGAGUGUUGGUAUGGGUAUAUCCUCCAUGACGGCUCGUGUUGGAGGCAUAAUUGCACCCAUUAUCCUUGAGCUUGGCAAGAUUUGGCCGCCUUUACCACAGACAAUAUUCAGCAUAAUGUCAAUAUCUGCCGGAUUCCUGGCAUUACUACUUCCCGAAACCCUCAACAAAAACCUACCGGAGACCAUAGAAGAUGGAGAAAAUUUUGGAAAGAAAAAAACAAUCCAUAAAAUGAAAGACAAAUCUGAUGUAGAAAAAGAGAAUUUCAGUUGUCAAACAGAAAUGGAAAGUAGUUUCACGAAUAAAGCGUUACAGUUAUAGAGUAGCAGUUCCAAUAAAAAAAAAAAAAAAAAAAAAAAAAAAAUUGUACAUAAAGUAAGUCUAUGUGAUAUAAUAUGUAAACAAAAUUUCUACUUUUUUUUUAACGUAAUCAAACACUGUGCCGUAUGAGAAUUCCCUUUAUCAUGAUAUUGUGUACCAUAUUUUGUAAUUCUGUUAUAUUGGACAAUGUUUUACCAUUGUUGUAAUCAAUUUAUUUCAUGGUUUUACAUACUUUGAAUAACCAUUGUUACGCCUGACCGCCAUACCUAAUGAUAACGUGUUGUUAUUGUUAUUUUCGGAACAGAAAAUAAACAAAUAGGCCAAUUGCUAUAUUGGUACUUCAAUUUUCGUGACAGAGAUGUUGAUAAUUUACUAAUAAUCACACUGUACCAAAAUCAUUAAACUCUCUGUGCACCAUCUGUAAAAAUUAUGGUUUUUGAG